AUGACAACUAGAUACUUAGGCUUUGCAACAUUAGUUCUUACUGCAUGCAUGUUAGGAAUUUCUGUUGAAUUUGAAUGUGGUGGAGAUAUAGUUGCCAUCAAAACUCAAUGUGAACGUUUUGUUCAGAAGGGUGGACCAAAGAUUCCACCAUCAAAAUCAUGUUGUGAAGCAUUGAAAGAUGCUGAUAUCACAUGUUACUGCAAAUAUUUGACUCCUGAUAUUGAGAAAAUGCUCAGCAUAGAAAAAGUAUUGUUUGUUGCUAAAACUUGUCGAUGCAAAAAUAUUCCUACGGACAAGUGUGGAAGUUAUAUUAUUCCUCCUCCUCCUCCUCUAUCAAAGGUUUAA